ACCAGCAGCAGCGACAAGCACCCACCGCUUUUCAAAGACGCGAGGAAGCGGUCGAUCACCGAAACGACACGACACGACACGACACGACACAACACGACACGACACGACACGACACAACACCAAAACCCCCCUUCCAACGAAAGACUCCCCGCGAUGAAGCACGGACGCUGCCUCCCCCUCGGCGUCGCCGCGGCGCUCCUCUCCGCGGCCACCACGGUUUCGGUCCUGCGUUUGCUUGCCCCAACGGCCGCCUUUGUUCCCUCCCCGGGCCUGCCCUUCUCGCCCCCCCCCUCUUCUCGCACGAGGGUCCCCGUCGCCUCGGGGCAGGACGAAGAAGUCUCCGCCCGGGAGGCCCUGGAGCGGACCCGCAAGCAGCUGGAGGCGAUGCAGGCGGCCCGGAAGCGCGAGCCGAAGGGCGGACCCGGGGGCCCGGACCCCCGCAUCGAGAAACAAACCAGGGAGUACCUCUCCUUCCCGGCCAACGCCCUCAAACAGGAACUCAAGGCCAACGGCCUCCCGACGAAGGGCCGCAAGCCCGACCUGGCCCGCCGGCUCGCGGAGUUCGAGUACCUCCGGGACCACCCCGACGAGGUCCUCGGGGACGAGGACGAGGCGGCCGCGGAUCGAGGCGAGGCCUCCCAGCGGCCGACCAAGUACCUGGAACCCAGGGGAAGCGAGGCUUCGGGCGUCCUGGAAACCUUUUGCGGCAUGGGGCUGUCGGAAGCGGCCGGGGCAGCCCUCGGGAGGGCCGGCUUUGACACCCCCACCCCCAUCCAGCGAAAGAGCCUCCGGGCCCUCUCCAAGGGGAACUCGGCGGUCCUCCACGCGGAAACCGGCAGCGGAAAGACCCUCGCCUACCUCCUCCCCAUCACCGAGGCCAUGUGGAGGGACCAGGAGGAAGACGAGAGCGGAAGCGGCGACGACGAGGACCUCUGGUACGGGAUCGUCCUGACCCCGACCCGCGAGCUCGCAGCGCAGGUUGCCGGUGUCGCCUCGGUGCUGGCCCCCCCCGGAUCCGUCCGGCUGGUCUCGAGGCCGACGAACCUCCUGUCGGAGGGCCGCUACUGGAAGGAACGCCGCGGGACCCGCGUCGACGACCCGGGCUUUCUCUCGAGCGAGACCGAGCUGCGGGGGAGGGGUUCCCCGCCCCGACUCUUUGUCGGAUCCGCAAAGGCCAUUAUGGGAUCCCUCUACGGGGACGGGAAAAUGCCGGCCUCCCCCACCCGCAAGCCGGCCGCCAAGGAACUCCUCUCGCGGACCCGCUGGAUCGUCAUGGACGAGGUCGAUCGGCUGCUCAGCGUCAAAUCCAAGAAGGGCCUCUCCGCGGCCCAGCGCCAGCAGGUGGCCCGGAAAAACGCCUUUCAGUACGGGGAGACCGCCUCCGGGAAGAAAAGGCCCUCCAAGAACACCGGGCCCCUCCACGAAAAACCCGCCGCGGUCCUGGCCUCGGCGAUCGCCCGCAGGACCUUCGGCCGGGCCCAGGUGAUCUCCGCCAGCGCCACCGUCGGCCGGGGACUGAAGCGGGAGCUCUCCCGGGUUCUCGGCCUCCCUCCCAAGGAAUACCCCAGGGUCAUCCGCGGGGACCGGUGGGACAGCCGCUACGAAAUCGACGAGGACGGCUACGACAUCGACGACGACGACAACGACAACGACAAGGCCCCCCACAAGGCCGGGCAGGGCCACGUCGACCGGGCCGUUACGAUCCCUUCGUCCGUCUCCAACUAUCUCCUGCCGGUCGAAGCAUCGACGGUGGGAAAACUCCUGACCAGCGCCUGCUUUGCCAUCAAGAACCUGAACGACUCGGGGAACAAACCGCAGAAGAUCCUGGUGGUCCUGACCAAGAACUGCGGGGUCACCACCGCCAACGCGAUCGGUGCGCUCAAGCACCUCCGGUGCCAACCGGAACCCCGGUCGCUCCUGGACGUCCUCCAGAACGCCGACGGGAACGACCAGCUGAUGGACGUCCACCGGAGGGUGUCGGGGAGCGACGGCGUCGGGGAAGAAUCCUCGUACUUUUCCCGGGACCGAGACGACGGCAACGACGACGACGACGACGAAACCUCCUCCUCCCCACAAGGGGGCGAGGGAUACGUCAUGGUCACGGGCGAGGACACGGUUCGGGGGAUGCACCUGGCGGGCCUCGACACGGUGGUCGUCGUCGGCAUGGCCAGCGGGCCCGACGAAUACAUCCACAUCGCGGGCCGGACCGGACGGGCCGGGAAAAACGGCAGGGUGAUCAACGUUCUGAGCGAGGCCCACACCAGGGCCAUCAAGGGAUGGGAAAAAAUGCUGAGCGUGGGCUUUGAGACGGUGUCGAUGGAGGACACGGGGGACCUGGAAUAAUGCCGGGAAAGGAAGACCUUCGAACGACCGAGAGGGGCCUUGCCGCGAUGGAGCGGAGUGGAACGCAACGCAACGCAACGCAACCCAACCGAAUCAAAAACCGCUGCAAACGCAGGAGCAACCGUGACGGAACGGGAAGGAAUCCGUCCGAGACUGCAUCCACAAUCCGAGAGAGUGCACGAAGCAGGAAACCAACCAACCCGCGAAAAUUUUUUCAUGAAACGUAGUAGCAAAACAAAACAAAACAAAACGAGCGAGGGAAUUCGUCGAACAGUAUAUUCCUCGAUUGUUGGUAGUUGUCGAAAUUCAAUGUUCGAAGCGAACAUGAGGCCUUUUCAAUGUUAUUCUCGAAAGUUACCAACUCUUCUUUCGCAAGUCCACGACUGCAAAGACCUCGAUUCGUCGUGCCAACUUCCAUGUCCGGCACGAUACCAUUUAGGCUAGUGUCACGUAACUCUCAACCAAUUUCUAAUAUCUUUGUUAUUGUGGUACUCAUUUGUCGUUUUUGGCAUCAUCAUACAAAACAGACCACAAAAAAGUUCGUCAAAGGAUCCUACCGUAGAAUGGAGGUGCCAUUACCAGAACCAUCACGGUACCAACUCUCGAUUGCAAUGUAGAACGACUCAAUGGCGGGCUUAUAAAGAUUUGGCGCGUAG